GAGUGAAGAAAGGAGACACUAAAUGUCAAGAUUUGAUCUGGCAUUUAGCAUGACACUGUACAAGAUGCGGCAUGUCUAGAGCAGUUAAAGGUUAUGCAAGAGCAUCAGUUGACAAAUUUAGGCAGUUUUUUUUGUUAACGCAAGCUUCCUGUGGAUCCGCCUUAAGGUGGGCGGUGACUGACUUCACACUUUAGACUGCAUUAAACUGCCAGAGUUUAAGAAGGGAUUCUUCAUCUGCAGAUUCAUCAACAAACAACUCUGAAAAAGCAGGUCUGAAGGCCGUGAUGGAGACGAUCAAUUCCUCUUCCUACAACUUCAGGACAACUACUCUGCCUCCUGGAGAUGGCUAUGACGAUUUUCACAAGUAUGCUGAUUUGUUGAAGUCUCUCAACAUCAUGUCUAUGAUAGUUUACUCUCUGGCCUUCGUCCUCGGUGUGGUCGGGAAUGGAGUGGUCAUCUGGGUGACUGGGUUCCUGAUGAAGAAAACGGUGAACACGGUUUGGUUCCUGAACCUCGCUGUGGCCGACUUCCUGUUCACAGCAUUUCUUCCCUUUGCAGUGACCUACCUGGCGCUGGAUUUCCACUGGCCCUUCGGCAAUUUCAUGUGCAAGCUGAACACCACAGUCAGCUUUCUGAACUUGUUUGCUAGUGUCUUCUUUCUGGUGGUGAUCAGCAUGGACAGAUGCGUGUCGGUGGUUUGGCCCGUUUGGGCGCAGAACCACCGGAACGUACGCAAGGCCUCCUGGGUGAGUCUGGGAGUUUGGGUGGUGGCUUUGAUUCUCAGCAUUCCGUACUUCGUCUUCAGGGACACCGAGGAUGACCUCGAGGCAAACUUGACAUUCUGCUUCAACAACUAUGCUCUUUCUGAUGACUACGAAACGCCGUCCGUGAACCGGCUGCGACAGUCUCGUCACGAGGCGCUGGUCGUCGUCCGCUUCCUCCUGGCAUUCGUUGUCCCCUUCACCGUCAUCGUCUCCUGUUACGCCAUCAUCAUCCACCGCCUCAGGAGAAACCGAACCCUGGCCAGCCAGACCAGCCGCCCCUUUAAGAUCAUCGCUGCCAUCAUCAUCACUUUUUUCGUGUGCUGGGUUCCAUUUCACAUCAUGGGUCUAAUUGAGUUGGUAAAAUUCUCUUCAGAUGAACCAAACAACAAAUUAGAAUUUGUCAUCUCUGUCGGCAUCCCCAUAGCCACCAGCCUGGCCUUCCUCAACAGCUGCCUGAACCCACUGCUGUAUGUGUUCAUGGGCCAAGAUUUCAAGGAAAAAGUCCGCAAAUCCAUCCUGAAAGCGCUGGAGUCGGCCUUCCAGGAGGAGGAGGAGACUCGCUCCACCAAUGACAUGAAAACAGGGGAGAGCAAAGAGAGGUCAGCAGAUGAUGAGACUGAGGUAUAAAGCUGUCCAUGAAGGAACUUAUACUGAAAGUGCAAACAAUUUGGACUCAAAUAUCAUUGUAAAUAUCAAAUGGAUUUUCCCAAGUUGUACAUAUUAGCCAAGAAUCAAUCAUUUUAUAGAGAUAAUGUUAGAUUUUCUAUGUCUUUUCUGUUUGCUUUGCCAGCUACUAAGAUCCAUGGAGACUGAUGGUACAAGAUGCUGUGAUGCUUUAUUAUGACUAAACCUUCUCUCAACAAGACAGUGGGGUAUUUUAACUAUAAGAAUAAAUGGAUGAAGCAGA